AUGAAAUACGGGGAACAGUUCGAGAAGGAAUCUGUGCCACAAUGGAGCCUUCAUAAUAUCGACUACAAUUCGCUAAAGCAUCACAUCAAGGUGCACACAACCAGGGACCAAGCCACGGCGAUAGCGAUACCGGGUCGCCCAAACACGGCUCUCCACAAGUUUGAGGAUGAUUUUUACUCGGAGCUGUGCCGGCAGCACGACCGGGUCGAGCUAUUUGUUUCGAGCAAGGCCGACGAAAUUGUGAGGCGACUGCACCACCUCUCGAGCCAAAUUCACCGACUGAUACUACGAUGUGCAACCUCGGGGCGGAACCGCAUGUCCCUUAAACGGCGGCAACGGUUCGCCAAAUACGAGCAGACAUUGCAUGCGGCCUUGCCUGCCGGCAGCGUUGGCUCGCCGGAACCCGAACCCCGACUUCUCCUGCCCCGGUACCGCGCAGCUCUCGCCGAGCGAGACAAUGGUCGACCCCGAAUCGCAACCGGCCACGGGGUAUUGGAUACGAAUAUGAGUACGGCAGCGAAGCAGGCGACUUCGAUCGCAAUGGCGGACGACCACACCCCACCGGAGCCAAGCUACUUCAACAGCCCCCCUGGUGGGACCAAUACCAACACGACCGACACAGACCUGGAGGAUGACCGGACCUCGUCUUCGCGACAAGCAUCCAACGGCCACAGCCGGCGUGGGUCUGUAAAUAGGGGCUACACAUCCUCUUCGGAUGACCAGAUGUUUUUCCCAUCUGGGUACAGCACGCAUUAUGCAGCGCUACCAAGCGUCGAGGAGCAGCGCGUAGUCCGGUACCGAGAACGGGUGCUGCGGUGGGGGACGUGGGGGUGUUAUGGUACCGCGUUCGUGCUGAUGGGCAUCGCAACCGUGCUGAUCGUCGCGGGGCGGCAGAAGAUGAGGCUCGAGGUGGAUGCGGGUGUCAUCCUCGGGAUCAUGGCGAGCCUCGGGUUGGCGUGCGGCGGCUUAUGUAUGACGAGUUCGCGGACGGAUAAGCUCGGGCUGAUGGGGCGGUUGGCUGUUUGGUCCGUGUUUGUGGUGAUAUGCGUGGCGAACGGCGUUUUGUUGGUGCUGCUGAUGGGGAAUGCGAAGAUAUGA